UGGAAUUUUUUAUCAAGCCGGACAUAUUCAGUCUGUGACAUUACCAUUGCAACCGAGCCAACAAACUGGCUACGAACAGAUUUUAUUGCCGUCAAGGAUGCUAAAAUGCUGAAUAUUAAACUGAAAUACAACCUUCGUAGAUGUCCACCAACUGCAAGUUCUUUCUGCAAACACAAAUGGAGCAUUUAUUUGCUUCAUGUAGAAAAAGAAGUAGUUGGAGUUGAUUUAAACCCACUCACAGCUACUGAAGUAACAUAUCAAAAGGUAGAAACAAUUGAGCCAACAGUCCUGCCUCCACCUGGAAAAGUAGAGCAAUAUGAUUAUGAUGUUAAAAUCAUAACCAAAAAGGGAGGUGUGUAUCUUGCAUUCUUAGACCAAGGAGCCUGUGUGUCAUUAUCAAGUGUUAUUGUGAGCUACAAUUAUUGCUCCGAGAUUGACAGGGUUCUGGUGAGAUUUUCAAGGGCAGCUGCUCCAGUUAAUGACUCUUUUCUCGAGGAACAAACAGGACGAUGUACUGAUGUUAACUCUGUUAACAAAGUGAAACUAUCAGGCGUUUGCCUUAGUAACGAAGAAUGGAACAUCACGGAUACGAUCAAGUGUCUUUGUAAACCUGGCUAUGAGCUUGUCAAUGGAUCUAGGGGAAAUGUCCUGGAAUGCAGUGGUAUGAACGGAAAUUCUCUUUUUUUAAGAGUGGCGGUGAAGGUUUUAUUAUAAUUAUCAUUAUCAUUAUCAUUAUCAUUAUCAUUAUCAUUAUCAUUAUCAUUAUUAUUCACUUCAUUGAACUUAAUCACUUUAAAUAACAAUACACAGACACACUAGUAAUAGGUUACAAAUCCUUAGGUACAGUAAUGUAUGCUUAGAAACUUAUAGUACCAGUCUGGUACUGUUUCUCCUAGUCUUUAUUUGCCAAUCGUAAAUCAUCUUACCUUGUCGGGGGCAUCCAACGACUGUUUAAUCUGUAAAAUACAGUAAACACCCGCAUAUAAGAACAAAUGGAUUAAGAACACCAGGCUAAAAUUUGGCCAAUAAAGCUUCACUUUUAUGAGAACAAGAUCUGCCUGAAAAUUGUGACAUGUUCUUAUAAAAUGGAAAAAGUGUCAUAAUUACAAAACACGCAAGUUUAUGAUAUAAAAUAAUACAUAAUAUAAUCAAAUUACAGAAUAACUAUUUUUUUUCUUUUCCUAAAAUAUGCUAAAUAUACCUCUAGCAACAUGUUUUGGAUAGUAUUACUAAAUAAAAAUUUAAGAACAUUUUAAGAACAUUUUGAGGCUGACUUGUCAUUAAGCGUCCGAAAUCGUGUGUUCUCAUAUGCGGGUGUUUAUACUGUAUCUGUUCGGAAAAGCCGCAAACAUGGCCUAGAAUUUUCUAUUGGUUUAGGACGGCUAAGAAUUUCUGGAUGCCCUUUCCAUUCAUGUACAAUUUUCACGCUUGUCUAAUAAUAAAAUUUUCUCAAAAUUUUCUGAACUUGAUUUUUUCACAUUUCACUGGAAAUGUUGGGCUAUUUCUCGUACAAAAAGGGAAACUUAAAUGUUCGGAUUCAAAAAUGUAAUGUAGAGAGGAAAAUAGGAAAAUUCUCUCUUUCGUAAACGAUAAAUUGCAUAUAAAAUUUUCGGGAUAAUAAUACUGAAGCCCUUGUAAAUUCGAAAAGACUCAAGUUCUCCUACAGUGACUGUACACAUACAAAUUUUAUAGCGCCGCAGUUAUGCCGCUUAUAAUAGCCUAAAAGUGCUUUCAGUGUAUUUAGGAGGAAAUCGUCGUUGCGUGCCCCUGACUUUGUGAAAUGCUGCUCAUUAGACUAAGCUUGCAAACCCUUUCUGUUUCAACCUUCCAUGCACUGACUUGAAAUCAAUUAGUAAACUAACGAAGGCUCCGUAUACAUAGUGCUAAGGAAUGUUUUUAUCAAUCUUAUUUUUUAAGCGUGCCUUAAAGGCUUUUACAAGAGCGUUGCAAGUAACAGUAAAUGUGACGAGUGUCCUACAAACUCAGCGUCUAAUACUGGAAGAACAGGUUGCUUAUGCCAUGAAGGUUUCUACAAGAAACCUGGAUUACAUGUAGCUCCUUGCAAAGGUAAUCGUAUAGUUCUAAGAUUUUAUUUGCUCAAAUCGCCCUGCUCUUUCUUCAUAACCAAAUAAAUGAAUAAAUAAAUAAAUAAAUAAAUAACCAGCGUUGAAACGCUUAAUUACCAAAAUUAUAAUAGGAAUACUCUUCAAGGAUAUAAUUUAGAACUUUCGGGCCCUAAAGAUCUAUUUCUAGGUAACUUCAUUUAGCAAGAAUAAAACAAUUCUUUGAAAAUAUUUUAACAGCUUAUCUCCGAUGAUCUCGAUAUCUUGCUUGCUUUGAGACUUUUCUGGCACAAAAUGGCAAAUAUCUCUUACUAAAAACUCUCUCGUUUUAACCUUUUUUUUCAAGCGUGGUCUAUGGCAUCGAGCUAAUGAACUACGUUUGUUGUUAUUGAAAUAAUUGUGUGGCUAUUGAUCAUGGACUAGCGUUGGCAUAAAGGCAUAUAGUAGUCUUUUACUUUACUCUUAAUUACUGUAAGUUGGUACUUACAAUAAUAGAUUUCAAAAGAAGGUAAACAUGCAAUGUGGAUGAUCACAUAUUUCCCAUUUGUCCCUACUUACAAAACUACCCUGCCCGAAUAAUACCCCUUUACGCGAUUUGCCUUAAUAAUGGGGAAAAAAAUGUCAAAUUAUCAUUGUUAACUUAUAAAAAUCAAUCCUCCCUCAGCUUUACCAAAGGCACCACGUAAUGCAAAUGUAACUGUUGUUAAAGAAACUCAUGUUGAGAUUGUGUGGGAACGCACACCUGAUGAAAGCGAUGGAAAGUUAAGAUAUUCUAUAGAUUGCUUCAGAUGCAAGUCCAGCAAAUACAAGGAUUGUAAGGAGUCAUGUGGACCAAAUGUAGAGUAUAAACCAAAUAAGGACAACGUCACGGAUGGUACUGUGGCUGUAAAUGGCUUGCCUUCUGAUAGUUUCGUGAAGUUUCGAGUUUACUCUGUCAAUGAGUUAAAUGCACAGGAGAAAGACAGAGACAAAUGGAAUUAUGUUACAGUAUCAGCAAAGACUAAAGGUAGGUAA